AGCAGGCGGAAAACGCAAGACGCACGGUCAGUGCUGUUCGCUCCAGUGAGCGGUGCUCAUAUAUGAAAUUAGCCGAUGUCUUGAGCGGCGUUCAUCUUGUAAACCAAUUAAUGACAAUAUUCGAGCUGACAACAAUCGGGACCGUUUGUCACUACACACGUUCUCUACUACCUCUACCACAGUGACAAAGUGUUGAGGCAGAGGACCAUGUUAUUCAAACCACUCAGAAGAUAGUUUUAAUCGCACUUUUUAAAACAUGGACACACUGAAAUCCUCCCGUGUUUAUUUCCAACGCUAAUAAAUGUGAUCAUUAUUGAUCAUUUUAUAUACAAGGGAAAUAACUAUCUUAUUGCCAGACAGUGAGUGGCACAGUACAUUCCCAUUCAACUCAAUGGAAGUUCCAGUCACACCAAUUCUACCCUCUAACUCUACCCUGCCUACACCUUUCCCUCUGCACCCGGCCGUGGCCCCAUCAGUCCAGCUUGGAUUUACCAUCCUCUACACUACUCUCUACGGAAGUCUCUUCUUGGUAGUCUACGUUCAGCUCUGGCUCCUCUUUCUCUACCGACACAAGCGCUGGAGCUACCAGAGUGGGUUUCUGUUCCUCUGUCUUCUCUGGGCGGCUCUUCGUACCACUCUGUUCUCUUUCUACUUCCACAAUGCCCUGGAAGCCAAUCAUCUGGCCACAGUGUUUUAUUGGCUCCUUUACUGCUUCCCAGUCUGUCUGCAGUUCUUCACCCUCAGUCUCAUCAACCUCUACUUCACUCAGGUAUUACUCAAAGUGAGAGAGAAGUACAACCCUGACACUGAGCCCGGCAAUGGACUAUGUUGGGCGCGGUGCUUCUAUACCACCCUGAGUGGUGUGUUCCUGUGUGUCAACGUGGUGUGUGCUGCUCUCGGCUGGAACGGGGGCAGUGGAGGAGCAGGAACUAAAACAUGGAGUCUGGUUCUGAUUCGAGUGCUGGUCAACGACCUGCUUUUCAUCUUUGAGGCUGUCUGUCUAGCUGCACUACUGCUUCUGUUAACCCGACGCUCCCCAUCCACCAGCCCUUACCUGCAUAGUAAGGGAACAACCGUGUGCCAGACUGCAGUACUAGGAGCAGGUGUAAUAUUGCUCUUUGCUAGUCGAGCAUGUUACAACCUGGCUGUUCUCAUACUGUCCCAGAAUCACAGAGUGGAGUCCUUUGACUUUGACUGGUACAAUAUCUCUGACCAGGCUGACCUGCGUAGUGAACUGGGAGACCGGGGUUACUUGGCGUUCGGUGUAAUUCUCUUCAUAUGGGAGCUGCUUCCCACCAGCCUCCUCAUCCUCAUCUUCAGAGUCCGCCAACCACCUCAAGAAGAUGGCUGUAGUAUGCCCAACAGCAACAGAGUACCGCGGCCGUACUUCUUUGAUGACCCAGCAGGGGAAGACGCUGACUCGGGUGUUCCUUGGGUCAACAGCUCACAUCCACACCAAAGCUGGUAUGGAUCCAUCAAGGAGACGACACCUCUCGUCUUCGCCAGUAACCCUCUGGACCAGAACCAACACCACUCCUUUUACUCUACACCACAGAACUAACUGAUCCUCUGUCCCAAAUGGCAACCUAAUUCCCUUUUUAUAGUGCACUACUUUUAACCAGGGACCAUAGGGCUCUAGUCAAAUGUACUGCACUAUGUAGGUUAGAGGAUGCCAUUUGGGACGCGCCUUGAUCCUGUCUGUCUGCAGUGAAGCGCUCUAUCUCAGGUUGCUAAAAGGCGCUGCGCGGUCGAGCCGACAUCUACUUUGGUCAUGCAGCAUUUACAGUGAGUCGGCGCGUCCGUACUUCGCCGAGCUGUUGUCAAGGAAGUGAGUUUAUGUUUUUAUACAGAACCUCCCGCCCUCGCCUACCGUCAACCAAUCAUUCCAAUGCGGAGCUAUACGGAACCUUCCGCAUUGUUACAGCAUUUGGGGAGGCGCACGGCGAUUGUGGUACAGAGCUCAGUUUGGCCUCUGGAGGCUCUGAAAUUGUCACCCUCCCAUACGGAGCCUCAAACCACAUUUUCAAAUCCAGCAUAAAUUGGCUUUGAUCGCUUCCAGCUGCAGACAGCAAUACCUCCAUUCCAAUUGACUGGUGUUUUUGCACACACAAAAAAAACACAACCUCAUCACUAAAUAGAGUAACUAUGCACCUUUUUUCUCAAAUUUAUUGAUCAACUGAUGACCGAUAUCUCCAACGGAGCCUCGUUUUUUUAUUCCUAUGAUUGGUCGCAAUGUGUUUUGUCCUCUGACCUGUGUAUUCAUUAGAUUUGAUUGCAGUCUCUGUGCUAUUUCAUGUCGACUCCUUGUCAGUCAAUGCCAUGUCAACGGAGGUGGUAAGAGGACAAACACUGACACUCAGGCUAUAUUCAUUCCAUUAUAGAAAGUUUAUUUUCAACUUUUCUGACAGGACUAAAUGUCAUUAUUUUGUAAAGGUAUUGUUUCCUACUUGCCGUCUAGCUUAAAGGCACUGUAAAAUUGGCAUGACCACUUUCAUAAGUAAUGCAGACAACAGAUUAGUUUUGUCAUUUUAUGUGAUUGUACAUUGAAGUAAACUAACUUAUUUAAUCAGAUAUCACCUGUCGUUUUAGCAGUUAUGGACCAAAUACCUCUUCCUUCUCACCAGCAUCCAUUUUAUAAGGGAAUUUUCUAGGUGCUUCAUAGCGAAACAGAAUAUACUCCGAUUGUGUAAAUGUGUGAUUACACUGAACAAAAAAAGCACAUGUAAAGAGUUCUCGUGUUUUUAUGAGCUGAAAUAAAAGAUCCAGAAAUGUUCCAUACAAAUGAAAAAGCUUUCUCUCGAAUUUUGUGCAGUGAGCAUUUCUUAUUGUUGCCAAGAUUAUCCAUCCACCUGACAGGUGUGGCAUAUCAAGAAGCUGCUUAAACAGCAUGAUCAUUACACAGGUGCACCUUGUGCUGGUGGACAAUCAAGGGCCACUCUAAAAAUGUGCCGUUUUUGUCACAACACAAUGCCACAGAUGUCUCAGUUUGAGGGAGCAUGGAAUAAAAUUUGAUUAAAAUUGGCAUGCUGACUUGAAUGUCCACCAGGAUGGUCAAUGUUUAUUUCUCUACCAUAAAUUGCCUCAUGUCAUUUUAUGGCUGCAUUUCUGCCCAGUCAUGUGAAAUCCAUAGAUUAGGACAUUUAUUUCUAUUGACUCCAUAAAUAAUUGUUGCGUUUAUAUUUUUGUUCAAUAUGAGUCAACACAAGGGAACCAAAAAAUCAUUCUAGGUUGGUGCUCUUUUCCUCAGUUUAGGGCUGGAUUCAAUCGACAUCGCCUUAAAGGUAAUUUCCUAGAGCCGACAUGUGCAGCGUUGACCGUGAAUGCAGUCUCUGGGACUCCGGGAACAUUACCUUUAAUUGUCAAUAGUGCUAUGGAGCAAAUUGUCAAUGCUAUGGAUUGAUUGAAGAGCCCCUACACUACCACUAUAGUAAAUGUGAAAAAACGAAGAGGGAACACAGGGGCGAUAGGUUUUCCACCAGCUGAGUAGUUUGUGUUGGUCUGUCUUUUCUAGACAGCAGAGAUGAAUAUUCGGCUCCCGAUAGUGAACCCAGCCAUGAAUAUUCGGCUCCCGAUAGUGAACCCGUUGAUGUAGUACAUCCCAACAAAGACAUGACGUGAGCUCUGACAACAGCAACAUUUCAUUGGUUUAUUCUGCAGUAUGUACAGAUCAUAGUAAAACUAUACAGUAUGUACAGGUUAAAUCAACCCACUUCCUUAUUAAGUUAUAAUAAUCCCGCCCGCAGCAAAAUCUUGAGAAA